AUGCAAGCCCGAAACCCGAAAGGCAUCCUGAUUGCGGUGCUGGGCAUUGCGCCUCUGGGCCUAUUUGCGCAAGAUCCUUACGCAAUUACCGGUGUUUCCGUGAGCGAUCCUGAGAAUGGAGUCCCCCUGAGGCGGAACAUCAACGAGCUUCAGGCCGCAGGAGGAGCACAAUGGGACCUUUACAUCCGCUCGCUGCUCGAGAUGCAGCAAGACAAUUACACCGAUCCGCUCUCGUACUUUCAGAUAAAAGGCAUCCAUGGUAGGCCCUUCGUGGAGUGGAACGCAACUGGCGGUCAGCAAACGACCGGAUGGGCUGGAUACUGUCCCCAUGGCGAAGAGCUCUUCAUAUCAUGGCAUCGGCCAUAUGUCAUUCUGUUUGAGCAAGUGUUGGUCAGCCAUGCCAGGCGGCUUGCUCAAAGCUACCCCCAGGGUCUGCGGGAGGUGUAUGUCCAGGCAGCCAACGAACUGAGGUCACCGUUUUGGGACUGGGCGGCCAGUUCUGUCGUGCCACCGGCGUCUGUUCCCGCCAAGGUGACGAUCAAUGUCCCCAAUGGUGAUGAUGUGCAGGAGGAAGAGGUGGAUAAUCCGCUGUACUCCUACAAGAUCCCGCAGCAAGUACUCGACGGCCAAUACGGAACGUUUGAUCCCGAUAACAGACCACGGACCAUACGGUGUCCACCGCCGCAGACAUAUCCGGACUCCGCCAACGACCUCCUCGGCCAGCGGCCGUACAGACAGUGGGUGUAUGAUGCAUUCACCCGCGCGACCAACUUUACCGACUUCGCGACAACGAGCUCGACGAUAGUCAGCCUCGAGCUCAUCCACAAUGGCAUACAUUGGGACGCUGCCUGUGGACAGCAAUUCCUGAGUCCGGAUCUAUCAGCUUUUGAUCCUCUCUUUAUGCUGCACCACAGCAAUGUCGACAGGCUGUGGUCUUAUUGGCAGGCCCUCAAGCCCGACCAAGACAUCUUCCAGGACACUUAUUCGGGCCAGUCUCGCUUCGCCUCUCCUGCUGGCAAGGUCAUCUCAUCAAAGUCUGCCUUGGAGCCUUUCUUUGGUGCAGAGAGGGUUCAGCACACGACCGAGUCUGUGAGAAGCAUCCGUGGCUUCGGGUACUCGUACGAGGGUCUUGAGUACUGGAGCAAGUCGGCAGAGCAAAUGCGACAAGACACCACCAGAUUGAUCAAUCGCCUUUACUCGACGCAGCCGGCACCCGUCGACCGGCGACAGGAGAGCGAGGCAAAGUCGCGGUAUUUUGCGCAGAUCAGCGUGGACAGGGAGGACAUCCCGAAGCCUUGUCAGAUUAAGCUUUUUCACGACGACAAGGAAAUCGCAGGCGUCGUCGUCAUGGGCCAGCCCGCGGUCGGCAAGAUGUCCGCGGGCCUGCCGCUGGACCGCUUCAUGCAGACCUCAAAGAUGAGCACGAUGGACCACGAUGAAGUGACAAGGUCCAUCGCUUCGUCGCUCAACGUCAAGAUACCGGACGGUAGCACCGUGGAGAACGUAAAGAGCCUCGUGGUGGAAUUGGAGGAUGUUACCGUCCGCCCGCCCGCGACUGAAGACAAGUUUCCCAAAUACGGCUCGUCCAAGUUCCAUAACGUCGCAAACAGAUAG